CCGACGUCAGGGUGUUCGGCUGGAGCCCCGUCUCUCCUCGAAUGAAAGGAAACAAUCUCCGGCGGCUUCGAACUGCUCCCGAGCCGCCGCCGCAGGAGUCCCGCCGCCCGAGCCCGCUCCCGCUCGCUUCCGUCCGCUCCGCCGGCCCUGCCUCGUUCCUGGGCCCAGUCGCAUUUUUUGAGACUUAAAGUGGCAUUCUAAAGGCAAUUUAAAAAUCAUGUCAAGCUCAGUUGGACAGAAAAAAGGGUCUACAAGACAGCGCAAAUGUGGCUUUUGUAAAUCUAAUAGAGACAAAGAAUGUGGACAGUUAUUGAUAUCUGAAAACCAGAAGGUGGCAGCACAUCACAAAUGUAUGCUUUUUUCAUCUGCAUUGGUGACCUCACACUCUGAUAAUGAGAGUCUUGGUGGAUUUUCUAUUGAAGAUGUUCAAAAGGAAAUAAAAAGAGGCACUAAACUGAUGUGCUCUUUAUGCCAUUGUCCAGGAGCAACAAUUGGCUGUGAUGUGAAAACGUGUCGCAGGACUUACCAUUACCACUGCGCAUUGCAUGACAAAGCUCAGAUACGAGAGAAACCUUCACAAGGAAUUUACAUGGUUUAUUGCCGAAAACACAAGAAAACUCCACACAACUCUGAAGCCGCUGAUGUAGAAGAGAGUAUCAAUGAACAUGAAUUGGAGCCUUCAUCACCCAUGGGAAAAAAGAAGAGUCGCAAAGGAAGGCCAAGAAAAAUGAUUUUAAAGGGGCAGUCAGAAGAUAAUAGAUCUACAUCCUCUCAUGGCACAGAUGAAAUAGAGAGCAGUUCCUAUAGAGAGAGGUCUCCACACAGAAGCAGUCCCAGUGAUACCAGGCCUAAAUGUGGAUUUUGUCAUGUAGGUGAAGAAGAGAAUGAAGCAAGAGGAAAGCUUCAUAUAUUUAAUGCCAAAAAGGCAGCUGCGCAUUAUAAGUGCAUGUUGUUCUCUUCUGGCACAGUUCAACUUACAACAACAUCAAGAGCAGAGUUUGGUGACUUUGAUAUUAAAACUGUCCUUCAAGAGAUUAAGCGUGGAAAAAGAAUGAAGUGUACACUUUGUAGCCAGCCCGGUGCUACUAUCGGAUGUGAAAUCAAAGCUUGUGUCAAGACUUACCAUUACCACUGUGGCGUGCAAGACAAAGCUAAAUAUAUUGAAAAUAUGUCCCGAGGGAUUUACAAACUAUACUGUAAAAACCAUAGUGGAAAUGAUGAACGAGAUGAAGAAGAUGAAGAACGAGAAAGCAAAAGCCGGGGAAAAAUAGGAAGUGAUCCUAGUGGCUUCCCUCAGCAGCAACUCAAUGGAAACUAGGUUCAAGGGACAGAGAGUUAGAAAACUGGGAAUGAAUAAGACAUCCAUAACUACUAUUCUUUUUCACUGUUUUCUAAAAUCAGAAAGGGUUAGGAACUUUCUACUGCCUGACGCUAUUAGAUCCUCCAUUGAGCUGCCUGAGAUGUUCAUGUGUGUGAGCCUUCAAUAAGUGGCAGAGUUUUACUUGUUGAUAUUAUGUAGUUUGUAGUCUGCAGUGUCUGGAAAAAAAAAAUAGAAACACUCAAUGAUAUGUACAGUGUCAAAAGUUAAGGCAGACAUUGAAAUGAACUAAGCUCUAUUUCUGGACUGAAUAAAAUUCUAAGAUCUGGAACAUGUAAAAUGUUAGUGGAUUCAGUAUCAAGGAAAAGUUGAAGCUAGUUGUACUUCACAUUGCAGACGUGGCCAGGGUGACAGCACAGUUAAUUAUGAGUUUUGUGAUUUCUCUACACACGCAAACAAUUGAGGCUACAAAGGAAGAUGGCCUCUUGUUCUUCCUCUCUUUGCUUGGAAAGCACAUGCAGAAAAGAAUUUUUCUUUACCACAAAGUGUGCUAAAUAAAGAUUUUUCAGUUUGUUCCAGUUGAAGUUGUUCCCACUUACCAGCAUGGACUCCAAGCAACUGGUGAGCUCCAGUGCUUACGCCAAAGGGCUGUGUGUAUUUUCCUUUUCUAACUCCUGUUGCCUCCCUGCCUUGCCCAUACACCUUUCGUCUUUCCAAAAUAUACCAACAGCUUUGGGCAAAAAUGGUUGAAAUCUUUAUACUAACAUAUGGAAGCAGCAAAUUAAACCUCCUUGAAAUUUAAAGGGUCAUUAUUCACUGAGGAAUUUAGCCACCGUGUCUGAAACCCACACCUCUCAAGUGCCCUGUUGUAUGGAACACUUCGCAUAUUGGUCCCAAGUAUGAAAGUAGGUCUUGUGUGCUAUAGGAAUAAUAAAGACUCUUUUCAUAAAGCAGCAGUAUUUCUUUUGAGUAUGUGACCACUAUUUUAGAAACCGUAUUUAACAUUUUUGACUUUUUUGAGUCAUUGCUUUGAUUUUUAUGCCCUACUGUUAUCUUGUGUGUGUAGGGCUGGCUCCGUGUGCUCCUGAUUGGUGAUUCCUUAGGUGGGGGUUAAUCAGUGGCUAACUGCUCAGUUCUCUUAAAAGAGUAUUUUUCCACUGGCCCUUCUAGUGAAUGAUAAGGAUAGUUUCUUGCAUUUACUUAUUGAAGCACAUGAGUACAUUUCUUUCUAAUAAAACCAAAAAACCUUUGUGGUCUGCCUGAUACUACCAUAGCACCUCAGUAGCAAGGUAGGAAUUCUGAUUUUCUACAUUUGAAGCAAAUCGACAAGCAAGACACAUUGACAACUUGACUGUACAUUGAGAAGAUUAUUCUGCAGCUGAUAUAAACAGUUCCUUUUUUAUGUAACAGGUGAAAACUUACACUGUGCUUAAGAUUUUGUUGCUUUUUUACUGUUAGUAUUUUAAAGCCACGUUUGUCAAAUAUAUUUUCACGCAUAUACUUAAAACAAGGGACCCAAUUAUGGCUAUAGUCAAACUUCUUUUUUUUCUUUUUUGCCUCUUUUUGUUCUAGAAGGAUAAUGUAGUUUUAGUAGGAGCUUGUCCUGUAGGUUAUGAAUGUUUUCUUUUUGUUCUAAAUAUGCCAUUGAUUUUUUUUUGUAAAUAUGAUUUUCAAAAUUAAACAUGACUUGAAUUGCAAUGACAGAUCUCUAGAUAAUUGUUUACCAAGGUAUGUGACUUUUCCCCUAAAAGAUCUGUACUUCAUGAAGUUUCUUAUAACAGGUUGAAAAUGGAUUAGUCUAAAUCUUGAAAUCACUGUGUCCAGAUCACUUUUUUAUAUUGUGUGCCACAGGCAUGGCUUACCCAUGGAACAGAACACCUUCAUUUCUGGACAACUACUGUAUUGCUUUGAAUUAAGGAAAAUGUAAGGUGUUUUGGGUAUUAUGGCCAGUCUAAUAUAAUUAUUGUAUAAACAAGGACUUUCAAUGCUCUAGGUGUCAAUUGCUGGAUUUGGUCUUUAGUAAAAAUUUAAGUGUGUCUGAGUUUCUUCAAUCCAUUCUGUGCCACUAGCAACCAGCAUAGCACUUUACCUUUGGUUGACAGAACAAGUGGCUGGCUACCUAUUCUUUCACUGUGGUGUGAUGAUUUGGCUAAAUGAUUUUUCAUUCGUAAUAAAAUGUAGACUAAAGUCACAUGAAAAAUCACUUUGGGUCAUAAACCUACAAUAUUCUAAUUCUCUUCAUAUUUUUGUCAUAUGCUGAGUCAAAGUGCCUUACAAUGUAAAAAUUGUACAGUACUUAUGUUCCCAAUAUCAUCUUCUGGGUAGUAAUUACAUUGUGGUGUCAAUAUUUAGAAAAAUGUACCUCAGCAGUGUAUUUACUAUACAUCUCUUAUGUCCUUAACUGUACUUUUAUUAAGCAUGAAAAUUAUUUGAUCAGUAUACAGCAUCGACAUAAUUUUAAAAGCAAACAAUACUGCCAUUACUGUCUUUUAUGCGUAUUUUAGCUUGGAAUUUUAAAGAGUGUCUUUUUCUUUUCUUUUUUUUUUUUUUAAAACAGUGUAAUCUUUGCAAGCAUAUAUUGAAGAUUAUUCUGGAGCAUUUACUGCCUUACCAGAAAUGUUAGUAAAGAAAGUUCUUUAUAGUAGAAAGAUAGACUUGAAUUUCUGUACUUUUAAUAAGACCUAUUCGUUCCUAGAAAAGAAAACAAUUUAAUGGGUGUGUUUUACUUUCAUUUCACAAUUUUAAAGACUACAACUGAAAAUAAUUUAUUUCCAAGAUCUCUAAUAAUUUUAAGAUUUCAGUCAUUUCUUGCUCAGGAGUGCAUCCUAUUACUAGGCAAGUAAUAAUAUAGAUCUUCCAUUGAGUCAACCUUUAUAUACAUAAAUAGAUGCACAUGAAAUAAUCAUCAGCGAAAUAUCAAUUUUAUCUCAAAACAAACUAGAGAGGAUCCUGGUGUGGUGCUUUUUGAAAAGCACUGAAGUUUGUUUAGACCACAGCCUGUAGCUUUUGCUCUCACGUACAUCUACACUAAAUACUAAGACAAGGAAUGUGUUAUGGGGUUUCAAACAAACAAAAACAUUCCUCUCAACUAUGUUAUGUAUAUUUUGUUCUUGUUCUGUUGGCUUUUAUUUCCAAAAUUGUAGUUUGCAGUAUUAGUUUCUUUUUAUUGGUAUUCUUGCAUAUAUUCAAUAAAUGAGUUAAAACUUU